UGACAAUGUGCAUGGCACACGCCAUGCCCCGAGAUUAGGGUUGGGCUUGGCGCACGGCUAGGCUCAUUGAUAUUAGGGCUUCCGCUAAAUGCUCGGCAGAUUGAUAUUAAUAUUCUAUUUCUUUCCCUCUCUCUAUCUCUUUCCCUCUCUGAAGGAGAUCAUGUUGCUCACUUUCACCGCGAAAAAUAAAAAAGAAUUUGAGAUAAACAAGUGAAGGCACAUGGUGAAUUUUUGAGAAAUGGAAUGAAUGGAUCGAUGCGAGUAAACGAGAUGGAGAUAGAGAUGGAUAUACUUGUUAAUUGGUAGUGCAUUCGGUGUCGAAUGAACCGUUAAAUUGAAACUGGAGCAGUGGCCCAAUAUCGAAGUCUAUGCGCUGUCCAUAGAUUAGCACCUUUUGGCGCUUGCUCGAGUCGAGACGUAGAUGUUCUAGAUACUGUAUCUUUUGGCCCUGAGAAGAUACAUUUCUCUGGUGUUUAGCACCAAUCAAUCGAUAGCAUUUCAACUGACUUUUUCUGGACGAUCACAUGCGGUUCUAUGCUCAGUUUGGAAGUGGAUGCCCAGCCGAACGGCAGCUGUGCUCUUUGCGAAAAAUAGGAUAACAAUACCGAUAACGUGCAACUAAAAGGAUACUCAGCAACCAUGUUAGCAUACUCCGAUAUGUCGACAAAACCGCAACGAAAGCGUCUAACUGGCAUCUGGGCAUUUGUUUUGGCCCUGCUGCUCUUCGCAUUCACACUCGUUGGCGUUGCCAUUCUGGAAGCUGGACGUACACAUUCCCAGAUGGAACAUGAACCGAGUGUCGCGAAUGUGUUUCUUGUAAGUCGCCUGUGGUCGCACUUUAGAACACCGGCCAAUGAAACAGACGAUGCGGUGACAGCCACAGUAGAGCGCAUAGCGAGAGAAGCAACUAAUGCCACACACAGCAAUAACUACUACGAGGAGCAAAAUGCUGUUGUGGUCAAUUCAGAGAGUGCACAACCCAUACUUGCCCAACGACAGGAUGCAUUUGGUCCGCCAGAAAGCAGAUUGGAUUCGUACGAGGCGGAUCCGGUUUACAAUACUGCUGAGGAUUAUGAACAGACGCCCGACGAGGGCAGAGCAUCCCAGGCACGUCCCUAUGACUCGUACUACGGCCAAUGGGGCUACAACUCCAAGACACCAGCUCCAGCUACCGCAGCUGCAGCCUCAAGUGUCUACAAUAAUCGCAAGUUGCCGCCAACUUCCAAUCGUUCUCCAUAUUCAUCCUACGAAGACGAUGUAUAUGACUAUCCUAUGGGCUACCAGCCUCGUCCGCUAGCUGAGGGCGCUGCGAAGCAAGUAGUCGCUUCGCAAAACACUGCAAUGACCCAGGCACCAGUAUCAACGGAAUCAACGCUGGUGGUCUUCUUGAAGAGUUUAAAGCAAAUCUGGGAUCUGUAUCAGGCAUUGACGAGUGCUUGGGGUGCUGUAUCGCAGCGUCAUCAAGACAAUAGCGAGAAGCUGAAGAAGGAGCGCUUGGAAAAGCAGCGACUGCGCCAACAGCAGCAACAAAAGUUGAAGGCCAACUCUAAGAAACCGGCUCGCAACGAGGGCGAUAAGAACAAGAAGCCUAAGACAACUACAUCUACGACAACAACCACAAGCACAUCCACGACAACAGAGUCUGACGAAUCCGAAGAGGAGGCAACAGCAGCACCUGCCAAGUCCGAGCCGGCAAAGGGUGCUAAGGGAGACGAUGCCGCUGAGAAUUCGGUGCGUGGAUUGCGUCAGAAACGUGAAACGCAAGAGGAGAACACAGAUGUGGGCGAGGGACGUUAUAUCAAGGGUGAUCCGCUCAAGGGCUACUACGAUUUCGUCAUCACAGAGGGCUCCUAUAAGUUCUGGGCCGUCUUCCAGGUUGGCACUGCGCUGUUGAUCAUCUACUCCACUUUCGCUGCCAUCUACUACUCCAAGGUGAAUCCAUUGACCAGUGAUUACGAUUACCAAGAUUACCUGGGCGCUGGACGUUCGAUGACUGGCGGCGAUGAUGAUUUUGUCGACGACAGUGAUACUCCAGUCCAGGCAACUUCACCCACAUCUCGUAUCAUGGACUGGAUACCACGCACAGCGCAUUCUCUGAAAUUUAUUUUAGAUGCCAUUGAUAAAAUACCAUUAGAUCAUGACCAAAGAGCGGAGAAGGGUUGGUCAACGGGGAGCAGCGAUGAGACUGUGUCGUCAGUAGAGUCAACAGGGGAUAACUAAUUUUAAAUAUUUAUGAAAAUAAAAUCUCGUGAAACAAAAU